CGUCCGCUUGUUUAUAGCUUGUUUUUGAUAGGAGCGGCGUGUUUCGCGCCUGUGUGUGUUCGAGAUGAUCUAAGUUCGAUCGUUUAACCAUAAUUUGCCCUAUUGCGUAGCGUAGAGAAAAUUAUGAUAAUGUCGACGCUGUCGUUGUUGCAGAUAAGUUCGUUGUCGCUUUUGUAGAAUUCUAAGCCAAUCAUGCUGACGAUGUUUAGGACGGGUGUCAAGUGUACUCGCUCGUUGUGCCUGGCUCCCAGGGCGUCCAAGGCGGCCUUGUCGAGUGACUCAAACAGGCAGUUUGACGUUAUCGUGGUCGGCGGGGGUCAUGCCGGCACCGAAGCUGCGGCUGCCUCGGCUAGGAUGGGAUGCAACACCUUGCUGCUUACCCACCGCUUGGAUACUAUCGGAGAAAUGUCUUGCAAUCCAUCCUUUGGCGGUAUUGGCAAAGCUCACCUCAUCAGGGAAAUAGAUGCACUGGGUGGGGUUUGUGGCAAGAUAUGCGAUUUGUCAGGUAUCAGCUACAGGGUUCUGAACAAAAGAAAAGGACCGGCAGUAUGGGGCCCAAGGGCACAGAUAGACCGGGGCCUCUACAAAAGGCACAUUCAGUCUUACUUGAAGAACCAGAGAAAUCUCACGAUAACUUGUGGAACUGUCGAGGACCUCGUACUUCAAAAAACAGCUGAAGGGUCGCGCUGCAUCGGAAUCACCCUGGAUGACCGCACUACAAUCCACUCCCAGUGCGUUGUGUUGACAACUGGAACGUUUCUGAGGGGGCAGAUUAACAUCGGUCUGGAGACGUAUCCUGCCGGACGGCUUGGUGACAAGCCAGCCAUAGGCCUUGCUCACACGCUUGAGAAGUUGGAGUUCAAGCUGGGCAGGCUAAAAACUGGAACUCCUCCCAGGCUGGAUGGGCGAACAAUCGACUACAGCUCUCUAGAAGUGAUUGAGAGUGACAACCCACCAGAACCGUUUUCCUUUAGCAACACAAAAGUGUGGAUUGAGGCUGAGAACCAAGUGCCAAUGCGCCUGACGAAUACAACACCGGAAGUGGACAAACUCGUGCUCGACAACCUCCACCUUGACAGGCACGUCAAAGAAGAAGUUGUCGGUCCAAGAUAUUGCCCAUCCAUCGAGUCCAAGGUGCUUCGUUUCAAAGGCCGUGUCCACCAAGUCUGGCUGGAGCCUGAAGGCCUAGACACCCACAUCAUCUACCCCAAUGGCAUCUCCUGCACCUUGCCUGCUGAUGUCCAGCAGAAGUUGGUUCGGUGCAUGCCGGGUUGCCACAAUGUGGAAAUGAUCAGACCAGGCUAUGGUGUGGAAUACGACUUUAUUGAUCCACGCCAGGUCAAACCAACACUGGAAACAAAGAAGGUCCCGGGCCUUUUCCUGGCUGGUCAAAUUAAUGGUACAACUGGUUACGAAGAAGCCGCUUCGCAGGGCAUUGUGGCUGGCAUAAAUGCAGCCUGCAAAGUGCUGGACAAGGAGCCGCUAACUGUGACACGCCUGGAGGGGUACAUUGGAGUGCUCAUUGACGACCUCACAACACAUGGAACACAGGAGCCCUAUCGCAUGUUCACCAGCAGAGCCGAAUACAGGCUCAGUCUGAGGCCUGACAAUGCAGAUGUUCGGCUUACUGAGAAAGGCUACAAGAUAGGCUGCGUUACGGAGGAAGAAUACGAGAGAGCCUGUAGAAUGAAGAAUGCCCUGGCCGAUGCACAACGCAUCCUUGGUGCCGAGGUCAAGCAUACACAGCACUGGAGAAGUUUGCUAGGACUGCCUGCAACAGUUAAUCAAACGCACAAAAGUGCCCUGGAAAUGCUUGGAAGCCUAGACAUCAGUGCUGACACCAUGGUGGACAUGUAUUUAACAAAGCUGGGCCCCCUUGCGUCAAGCUCCAUUUUUAGGAACAGAGUGAAAAUAGAAGCUAGAUACGCAUACCUAGUAGCUAGGCAGCGGGCGGAGAUUCUUGAACUUGAGGAAGGAGAAGCUCUGCAGCUUCCAGAAAAUAUUGACUACAAUGACCCUUCAUUGAACUUGUCCAAUGAAAUGAAGUCGAAGUUAGAGCAAGCAAGACCAACUACGGUGGGAGCGGCAAGCAGGAUACCUGGUGUUACACCAGUAGCAGUCCUAAGCCUGUUGCGACUCGCAAAGGAGAAAGAGAGGUCGUCGUCCGCUCUCUGAUAGUGCUAGGCUGAAAAGUAUAGCCAUAUUGUACAGAUAGAAAAUAAAAGCUGGUCACUUUAACUACA